AUGGUAGCUGAACCUGUUCAAGCGACCUGGAAAACGCUAAAUUAUUAUUAUAAUAAGACUUCCGAUUUUGUUGCCACCCAACAUGAUAAGGUAGUGAAUUCAGAAUAUUUUGAAAGACUACCCGAAUUGAAUCCAUUUUCAACUAGCAAACCAGAUCCGAAGCUCAUAACAAGAAGGCCACCUCAGUCAGUAUAUGCUAAGUUAUCAGAUCACGUUUGUAAAAACAAGAUACAAUAUCUAUCAUUAUUUUCGAUUGGAAUCGGAGCUGGUUCAUAUUAUUACUAUAACAAUAUUUAUAAAUCUACACAGCUACAGAAGUCCACAAAGCUUAAAAGAAGAGUACCAAAGUUGGCAAAUGGGGCAAGACGAGAUGUUGUUUUAAUUGUGGGGUCUCCUACCGAACCGUUAACUAGAUUAAUUGCAUUAGAUUUUGAAAAGCGUGGGUUUAUUGUCUACUUAACUAUAUUAGAUGAAAAAGAUUUCAAAUACAUUGAGUCUAACCAAAUUACUGAAGACAUAAACUAUUUAAACUUGAAUGAAUCGUAUAGUUUUGAAGUCCAAAUCAGCAAAUUCAGGCAACUGUUAGAAAUACCAGUGGUUCCAUUUCCUGGGGCUGAUUCGCAUUAUUUAAGAUUGACCAGUGUGAUAUUCGCCCCGAGCUUAUAUUUUCCUAUUGGUCCAAUCGAGAACAUAACUGUUGCAUCAUGGAAUAAGAUGAAUGAAAGAUUUUCUACUUAUCUUAAAUUGUUUUCUUCGGGGUUAGUGAAUUUGAUUCGUAGUCAACAGAGUAAGAUAAUAUUAAUUAACGCAAACAUUAUAAGCUCUUUGGAUAUGCCAUAUCACGCACCUGAAACAAUAUUUCUGAAUAGCGUCAGACACUUAUUCACUGCGCUUACUAGGGAAUUGGCUCAGCAUGAUAUAUCUGUGACUCAAAUUCGUUUGGGGAAUUUGAAUAUAUCUAAUCAGGAUUGUGCGUCUGAAUCAAAAAUUGCAACUAUUGUUAACUCCGAGAUUAGGAGUUGGAACGAAGACAUUAAGGAUUUAUAUGCUUCUAACUUUUCAAGCUCUCAGUACAAAGCCAACCCUAUCAAAUCUACAGGAAGAGGUACCAGCCUAAGGCAAUUAUAUCAUUUGAUGUUCGAUUUAAUCUACGCUAAAUAUAAGAAUCCAACAGUAGUAUAUUGUGGAACUGGUGCUCGAAUUUAUGAUUGGGUUUCGAAGGUUAUACCAGAAAGCUUUCUUGCAUGGUUUUUGACGUAG